CAAGUGAAACCCGUGAUUCCUUGCGCGUUGGAGUUCGCCCCAAGGUUUCUUGAUCGCCUGGCGCAGUUCACGGGCUAAGAAAGUGUGGCGGUGUCUGCCUAAUAUUCUUAUGAUAAUUCACGUAUAACCAUUGUCCCGAGCGAAACCGCAAUCAUGUCAACUGGACCGACACACAAGUAUCGUUACAAAAACUCAGGACUGGACUCACAAGAACUGCGGCGACGCAGGGAAGAAGAAGGAGUACAAUUACGUAAACAAAAACGCGAGCAACAAUUGUCAAAACGGCGCAACGUGCCAAAUAUUGUUGUUGACGAUGAAAGUAUUUCUACUACAGAUGAAUACUUGGUGCCUGCACCAGUACCGGUAAUUUCACCUACCCAACCACCAGCGAUUACUGAAGGGAUGGUGCUAGCACUAUAUAGUUCUAUCGAAGAGCAUCAGUUAACAGCUACACAAAAGUUCAGAAAAUUACUAUCGAAGGAGCCAAAUCCACCUAUAGAUGAAGUUAUACAGACAGGGAUUGUUCCAAGAUUUGUGGAAUUCUUAAAGAACACCUCAAACAACACAUUACAGUUUGAGGCAGCGUGGGCUCUGACAAACAUAGCAAGUGGUACAUCUCAACAAACGCGAAUGGUAAUAGAGGCAGGAGCUGUACCUACCUUUAUACAGUUAUUGAGUUCAGAGUUUGACGAGGUGCAAGAACAAGCUGUUUGGGCUCUAGGAAAUAUCGCGGGAGACAGUCCUGAAUGUAGAGAUCACGUAUUAGCCAACGGUAUCCUCAAUCCUCUUCUACAACUCCUUUCAAAAGCAACGCGCUUGUCCAUGACGCGUAACGCUGUAUGGGCACUGUCAAACCUAUGCCGUGGCAAAAAUCCAGCACCGGCAUUUUCAAAAGUUGCGCCAUGUUUGCCCGUUUUAUCACGAUUACUUCAUAAUCCUGAUUUUGACGUAUUAGCUGAUGCUUGUUGGGCACUUUCAUACUUGAGCGACGGACCUAACGAUAAAAUCCAGGCUGUCAUUGACGCAGGUGUUUGCAAACGUCUUGUUGAACUACUUAUGCAUGAACAGCACAAUGUAGUCAGUGCGGCAUUACGCGCAGUAGGUAAUAUCGUAACUGGUGAUGAUGUUCAGACACAAGUUGUGCUGAAUUGUCACGCAUUGCCAUGUCUAUUGCAUCUUUUAAAUUCACCUCGUGAAAGUGUUCGCAAGGAAGCCUGUUGGACAGUCUCUAACAUCACAGCAGGAAAUCCUCAGCAAAUUCAGGCUGUCAUCGACGCUAAUAUAUUCCCUGUCCUCAUUGAGAUUUUGGGUAAAGCUGAAUUUAAAACGCGUAAAGAAGCUGCAUGGGCGAUUACCAAUGCGACAAGUGGCGGCACACCGGAACAAGUGCGCUAUUUAGCAAUGCAGGGCUGCAUUCCGCCUCUGUGCGAUUUACUCACUGUGAUGGAUGUUAAGAUCGUGCAGGUUGCAUUGAACGGUUUAGAAAAUAUAUUAAGACUUGGAGAACAAGAUACUGGUAUGCAAAACCGUGUAAAUCCUUAUGCAGUUCUCAUUGAAGAGUGCUACGGCCUAGAUAAAAUAGAGUUUCUGCAGUCCCAUCAAAACAUGGACAUAUAUCAGAAAGCUUUUGAUAUAAUCGAGCAUUACUUUGGCUCCGAGGAAGAGGAGGCUAGAAUUGCACCGGCAGUCGAUUCGGAGGGACAGCAAUUCCAAUUCACAACACCCGACUCCUCCCAGUUACCUGUUCCAGGCUUCCAAUUCUAAUUAUACGACCUCUUUCGUUAUUCGACACAAGUCAACAAGGCAUGCCCACGAUUCUAUCAAAUUGCUUGCAGCUGACAGUUUUAGAGACACACGUGGCGCUCCGCGAACUGACGAUAAGAAAAAAAAAAUCGGCAAAGAAACAAUAAAAAGAAAAAAAAACGGUAGUUAAAAUACAUUCACUGCCUGAUAGACGUUUUCCACGUUUUAUCGAGGAUCCUUCAUCGACCGUGAUAACAUCAACAACGACCGAAAGUCAGCAUCUUUUUACGUUUGAAGAUUCAACAGUAAAGAAAAGAAAGAAAGAAAGAAAAGUACGCGCCUGUCAGUGGUUGGAACACUGUCCUCUUUUUUUUUUUUACAAUUUUAGCCAAACCAUAUAUUGUAUAAGUUACAAUAAUACAAUUAUACUUUUAGACCUGCAUCAAAUUGUAACGACGCUCUCACUUCGAAGCUUUGAAAACUAUAAUUUGUUUAUGGUCUCCCACGAGCUCAUACCUGCACUAAUAUAGUAUGAGGUAUUCAGUUUAUCAGAAAUGAAACGAGAUAUAAAAAAAAAGAAAAAAAUAACAAUAAACAACUUAGUGCUUAAGUAGAGAUGGUUAAGUACUAAACGAAAAAAAAAAAUUAUUAAUUAAUAACGAUGACAACACAUCGGGGCAGAUAGGAGCCUCGCUUGACGCUCGACUGACUCAGAAUUACGAAGGAUUUAAAAAGAAGCAAAUAUAACUUGCAGAAAAUGCAAGUAAAAAAAAUACUGAACGACUGAAGUACGCGACUACGUAGUCAAUACAGACAACUUUACGCAACGCGGUACUCAACUCCUUGCUACACUAGUUAGGUACAUGACCAAUUAAACUUUUUUACUGUAAAUACGUAUAACUUGUAAUUUUAAGGCCAUUCUAUACAGAAUGCCCUUAAGAGGCAGAAAAAAGCAGUCGUGGAAUACAUAGACUCGCGGAUAUAUUUGUUACGUAUUCAAAAUUUUCAUUAGUUUCUUUCCAUUUUUUUUCCCCUUCUUUAUUUUCAUCUCAUCCGUCUUUUUUGCUUUCUUGCGUAACACUUUCUACAUCGAAGCAAAAUCAUUUCCGUUUAGCUUGAAAUCGGUGGUUGAAAACGGUUUUGGAUAACUUGCGAAUUUAAUGAAACUUGGAAAUUCAAAAGACGCGUUCUGAUACUGAUUGAUUUAAGAUUCAUUGAUUACAAGUAAGUAGUAGGUAUUUUGCGCCUGAUGACCAGCAAUGUUGUUUCUUCCCCCCACCUUUUUUUUUUCUUAAAUAAUUUCUUAUAUUUUGCUUGGCCAAUUGUCGUAAAAUACUUACUCUGUCGCCACGAAAGAACCGAUUCAAUGUACAGUAUAUGAUUGAUGAUCAUUCUUAAUUGUGAAUCAUAUUAUAAUGGGAAAGAAAGUGUGUACACUAUUUAGAAGACGCGCAAUGUUCAGAAUUAUUAGCCAUGCGGAAUUAAAUUCUACUAUUAGGAAUUGCUGAUGUUACACAAUAUAUCAUUGUACAGCAGAUUAAAAUUUUGGACAUUCUGUAUGAAAGGUCUGUGACUGUA